AUGAUCCGCCUGCAGGCGGUCCAGCCCUCGCCCCCGCUCUACACCUCGCUCGGCCAGACGUGGGCCCGCAUCGCCGCCGAGGAGGGCUUCUGGCCGGGGCUCUUGCGGCCGGGGCUCGUGGCCAACCUCUAUCGCGAGGCCAUCUACUCGUCAUUGCGCAUGGGGCUGUACCCGUAUGUCCGCGGGGCCCUAUGCGGCGAGGAUGCCGACCCUGGCCUGGCCAAGCGCCUGCUGGCCGGGCUGCUGACCGGGGCCAUCGGCUCGGCCCUGGCCAAUCCCCUGGAUCUGGUGAAGAUCCGCAUGCAAGCCGAGGCUGGUGUCAUUCGCGACGGGCGCUAUGUGACCGGCCUCCGUACCGGCAGCGCCCCGACUGCCACCUCGACAAUGGGGUUCCUCCGGCAUGCCAUGUAUGCCCCCCAGCCGGCGGCGCCGGCCCUCGCCCCGCCGACCGUCAGCGUCGACGCCCUGCGGCGUGUCAAUGCGGCGGUCUCGCCGCCGGGGGGGCUGAUCAGCGCCUCGGCCGAGGCUGCUGCUGGCGCCACCACCGGGCCGCUGGUCUUUCGUCCGUCCGGGCUCUUCCGGGGCGUCGGCCCGACGGCCGCCCGUGCGGCCCUCCUCACUGCCGGCCAGAUGGGCACCUACGACCACUCGAAGACCGUGCUCAAGCGCAAUGGCCUCAUGAAUGAGGGUCUGGCUCUGCACUCGGUUGCAAGUCUCAUUGCUGGCCUCACAGCCACCACCAUCAGCAUGCCGGCCGAUGUGAUCAAGACGCGGCUGAUGGCCGCCCGUCGAUCGGCCGAUGCCGCCGCCGCCCCUGGUCCCCCUGGCGGGGCUCCGCUGUCCACGGCCGGUGUGCCCGCCGUUCGGUCGCUGCUGUCUCCGACCACCACGCUCGGAUGCGUGGUCGAUAUCAUCAAGCGGGAGGGCAUGCUUGCCCUGUGGCGCGGCUGGUGGCCGGCAUAUCUGCGCAUCGGCGCCCACUUUAUCAUUUGCCUGCCACUGAACGAGCAGAUCCGCAGUGCGAUGGGACUCAGUGCUAUCUGA